AUGCCCGCUGGCAAAAGCAACGCCUCACUAUUUGCCAGUAUCUGCGUGUCCGUGUCUGUUGUCCGUUUUUUUCGGGCGUCUUCGUCAACUAGUGAGGAGCUGGGGCGCAGUGUUUCAUCGCUGGCAAAUCAGAAGCCUGAUCAGGGUCCACUGUGGCCAGGCCAGGGGCGGAUCUCGAUCUGGAAGCAAAGCUUGAACGAUCAACAGAUUCACGGCGAGGAGGAAGCUGAGAGGAAUGCUCGACGAGCGAACCCCACUGGUUACGAAGGGGAACCAAACUCAUGGCCCAAGAGACGAAAACUUCUCCACAACCGUUCAUCUAAUUUUAGAGCAUGA